AUGAUAGACUUUGAAAGUAUAGUAGGUCAGAUGACACUUGAAAGAGUGUUGGAUUAUUUUGGGUAUCAUACUUUAUUCAAACCAUUUGAACCUCUUAAAGAAAAGAUUUCAUGUUCAAUACUCUUGGUUGGUAUGGUUGGGUAUAAAACAUACCAUACAUAUCUUACUGUAAAAGCUUUAAAGACACACAAGGCGUUUGUAGAGCAAUCUAUAGAACAGUUAAAGGCACCCGAUGUAACAUCUAGUCCUCAAAUGUUAAUAACUGUCAGAAAUCUAUUGAUGCUUGCCAAUAACCAUACAGAGUUGUCAAAGAGAUUGGCUAAUCGUGAGAUGGUUCAAAUACUACUCAACCUGAGUCAACAAUACAUGGACAAUACCAUUUAUAAUGUUAGAGGUACUCAACCAUCAGAAACCCAAUUCUCUACUCUCUUUUACGCAUUCCUAUAUUCCGAUAUAUCACCCAUUUCAUUGGUCAGUCAUAUAAUAUAUUAUUUUGAUAAUAUUAAAGAUAUACCAUUUGAAGAUAUAUUAAAAUUGGCUGAUCAUGUUGGAUUUCCAGCUCAAGUUUUAAUUGGCAAUAUGUUGGCUACAUUUCUUUUAAUUAAUAAUCAUGUUGUUGAAUUGUAUACUCUAUACAAAGUACACUUGUUAUUUUUUAAAUUGAUUAAACAUGAGGUUGGCAAUGAGUUUUUAAACAUUCGACAGGCAACUAGUCUAUUGGUACGUAGUAUCGAUCGCAAAGAGUAUACUUUAUUGUUUGCACCAUACCAAGAAGAUGCUCUUGCCAUGUCUAGGCAAAUCAUCCGUGUACCUCAAUUCCUCAUCAAUUACUCUGUCAAUUAUCGUAUGUCAUUCAAGUGGAUUGCUCUGUCAUCAUUGAUAUCAUUUGCAUGUGGCUCUGCAUUUGGUUGGAAACAUCAUAACGGAUCAAUUAAACAUGCUUUGGUCGUAGGUGGAGUGUGGGGAGCUCUAAAGUUUACAAGAUGGGUUAUAUUGGAUCGUGUUGAAACCUCACUCAAAGACUACCCAACCCAUUGGAAUACUGCACUCCAAGCAGUCAUUUAUACACCCUUUUAUUUCUUUAGUAUUAGUCGGUUCACGUCGAAUAUGUUACCAGAAAUAUGCUACCGUAUAGGGCACUCACUCUUCAACACCUACGACAGAACAUCUUGGAACUAUAGAAAAAGGUUGUAUUUACAAAGUGAUUUGUAUCAACAAUUUAAAUCUCGAUUCCUUAUUGAUACAGCCCAACAAUUCCCUCCUGACAACAAUAACAAUAACAUCAAUCUCGAGAUAAUAUAA